AUGGACGGGUAUGCUUUACACCCUACGCAACGUCUCAUCACGAUAUUUUCCGCGCCUAACUAUUGCGGAGAGUUUGACAAUGCUGGUGCUGUAAUGCAAGUAAAUUUAGAGCUUGGAUGCUCUUUCACUCAAUUUCAUUCUUCUAAAAAAUUAACACCAACGACAGUGAUAAAUCGUAAUGUUUUUGAUGAAAGGACAAUACAAAUGGUUGACAACCCUCCAGCUGGAAUGACUCCGCUAAUCAUUGCUCCAACAGUAAUCGGUGAAAGGCCUACAGUUAUUUAUAUGCCAAUUCAAGGAGCUUCAUCAACUCAAGGACUUCAAAAAUCACAAGUAAAACGGAUUCGUCUAAUAAUUUAAAAAACCAUUCUUUUUUUAGUCAUCACCACAACUCACUUUUGCUGCCUCUGAAAAAAAACUUGAGAA